AUUUUGAUAAUUUACUCUUAUACACUUAUAUAAUCUUAUAAUAUUAAUUAAAUGGUUGGUUCUAGAAACAUGGAUUCCGAGUUACCUUUAUAUCAUUCAAUUCCAUCUGUUGAGGAAGAUCAAAAGGCAGAUAAUGAUGAAACACAUCAAGAAUUAAGCUCUUCAGAUACCGAAGAGUUUGAUACUGAGAAAAUAACAGAAUCCACUUCUGAAGAGACAGGUUCUGGUGACUCAGAAAACUCCUAUGGGUAUGGGGCUGGCUACCAAUUUUAUACUCCUCCUCCUCCACAUCAUUUCCAAUUCCAUAGUGAAGGAUAUCAAAAUGCACCUUAUCACCAUCUUCACUCUCGUGGCCACGGCGGUAGGGGAUUGUCCAAUUCCGAACAUUUCAAGGGACAUUUCCAUCCUCCUCCUCCUCCUCCUCCUCCUCCUCAGCACCGUACUGGUUCUUUUGGUGCACCUCCUCCACCCCAUCAUAGGUUUGGUGUUUAUGGUUUAGCACCUCCUCCUCCACCACCUCCUCCUCCUCAUCAUCAUCAUUUUCUUCAUCGUCCUCAUGACAUGGACUUACCUUACUUCCAUGGUAAGAAUUCAAGAAAAGAUGGAGAAAAGUAUAAAAAGAUAUUAUCGGCUGCCGUUAUUGUCUUCGUAACUUACGGGGUUUUCUCUUCUGGUAGAGCUUACGAAUCUCAUUUAAUUAAGACGGACAUGGAUGCUUUUGGCCACCAUUCUAAACAUGGAUUCAAACCCCAUCACUUCAAUCCUCAUCACGCAAGACCUCAUAACUUACCUCCUCCUCCUCCUCCUCCUCCUUGCGACUUGGAACUCCAAACUGAAGAUAUCAAACCUGAACAUCAUGAAGAUGUUUCAAAUGGCAGGAAAGGAAAACACCAUAAAGGUAAGGGCCAUAAAAAUGAAAAUUUUAAAGGCCAGCAUAAAGGUGAAGCUCCACCUGGCGAAAAAGAUGCUGACCGCCCUCCAUUUCCCUUGGAAGAUGAGCAUCCAUCUGAACCUUCUCAGCCUGAACCAUCAGCUGCUUCUGCUGCUAGAGAAUUGAUUUAAAUUCCACCUUAAGUUUUUGAUUAUGAUAGCUUUUCUAUGUCUGGGCUGCUUUUUAUUGCUUUGAUUUUUUUUUGUUUUUUUUUUGAUUCUUUAUUAAUGAUUAUCAGUGUAUGUGUUUUGUCGUUAUCUCCUCGUUUCGUUUUUAUAUAAUUUAUGUGUAUGGUUCAAUAUAAUUUGUUUUCCUCUAUUUCAUUUAAGUUUAAGUAAGAUAUCAAGUCUACUACAGAG